UCAGAAGUUCAAAUUCAUUGUGAAUUUGGGGGAGGCUGUAAAAAAAAAAAAUACAAAAAAAAUACAAAAAUCUCUCUGUGCACACUUUCUGUUUGUGUUUAUAUUUGGCAGCAGGUGUAUUUGGACAGUUGUCUUCCGUCUAUAUAUGAUGUGAUUCAGAGCUGACUGCUGGCCUGUAAAUAUUAUUUCUGAGUAGUUACAAUAUUCUCAAUUCUUGAUAAUCAUUAGAUGAACUCCGAUCACGCAAUCCCGAUCAAUGCAACUAUCAAAGCCACACACUCCUGUGAUCUCAUUGAAUUUAACGGACCAGUGAACCUUUUUGAAUUAUGGCGGGCGCAGUUGGCGUGACGCAGAGUUGCUUGACCACAUUUGAGGGGUACAAGCCGGGCCGGGAAGGCGAGCACAGUUUCUGGGAAACCACAUACAGACACUUUAAUGAAUAAUAAAGGACCUCUUCAUCACGACAGGGCCCGGCGAUUGGAACCAUUCUCUGCAAACCCAGAGUUCUUCUUACCGGACUCUCCGCAGCCAUUCAAACUAUCCAACCAGCACACAACUUGUGCGAUAUCUUUCAAAAACACCCCAACAAUACCCUUAUUGACUCUCCAUUAUCCUCUCUGGGUCCUGGUGCUUGAGUGCGGCGUGUGCGAGGACGUCUUCUCUCUCCAGGGGGACAAGGUUCCUCGUCUUUUGCUCUGCGGCCACACGGUGUGCCACGAUUGUCUCACCCGGUUGCCCCUUCAUGGCAGAGCGGUCCGCUGCCCCUUCGACAGACAGGUCACUGAGCUGGGGGACUCUGGAGUUUGGGGGCUGAAGAAGAACUUUGCUCUGCUCGAACUGUUGGAGCGACUCCAGAAUGGAGCCUCCAACCAGUCCGGAAUGGCGGAGGAUGCUCUGAAGGGCAUGGGAGAAUGCAUAAUACGGUGUGACGAGGAUGAGAGCCACACGGCCUCGGUGUACUGCACUGUGUGCGCCACCCACCUGUGUGCCGAGUGCUCCCAGCUCACCCACUCCACUCGCACUCUGGCCAAACACCGUCGGGUGCCGCUGGCUGACAAGCCUCACGAGAAGACUCUGUGCCCGCAGCAUCAGGUCCACGCCAUCGAGUUUGUCUGCCUGGAAGAGCCCUGUCAGCCGGGGCCUCUCAUGUGCUGUGUGUGUAAGGAGUACGGCAAGCACCAGGGACACAAGCACGCCGUUCUAGAGGCUGAAGCGAAUCAGAUCCGCGCAUCCAUUUUGGACAUGGCCCACUGCAUCCGCACCUUCACAGACGAGGUGUCCGACUACUCGAGGAAGCUGGUGGGCAUCGUGCAGCAAAUAGAAGGCGGCGAGCAAAUAGUUGAGGAUGGAGUGGGCAUGGCACACACCGAACACGUCCCAGGCACGGCGGAGAGCGCGCGCUCCUGCGUCCGGGCUUACUUCGCCGACCUCCAUGAGACUCUGUGUCGGCAGGAGGAGAUGGCGCUGAGCGUGGUGGACGCUCAUGUCAGGGAGAGGCUGAUCUGGCUGAGGCAGCAGCAGGAGGACAUGACCAUCCUGCUGUCGCAGGUUUCCACCGCCUGCCUGCACUGUGAGAAAACCCUGCAGCAGGACGACUGCAGAGUCGUGCUGGCAAAGCAGGAGAUCAACUGUUUGCUGGAGACCCUACAGAAGCAGCAGCACCAGUUCACUGAGCUGGCAGAUCACAUUCAGCUGGACGCCGGCAUCCCCGUCACCUUCACUAAGGACAACCGGGUCCACAUUGGUCCAAAGAUGGAGAUCCGUGUGGUGACCCUUGGGCUCGAUGGAGCUGGAAAAACCACCAUCCUCUUCAAGCUGAAACGAGACGAGUUCAUGCAACCCAUCCCAACUAUCGGUUUCAACGUGGAGACAGUUGAAUAUAAGAACUUGAAAUUCACCAUCUGGGAUGUGGGAGGAAAGCAUAAGCUCCGACCGCUCUGGAAACACUACUAUCUCAACACUCAAGCGGUGGUGUUCGUGAUCGACAGCUGCCACAGAGACCGACUCAUGGAGGCCCACAGUGAGCUGGCCAAACUACUGACGGAGAAGGAGCUGAGGGACGCCUUGCUGCUCAUCUUCGCAAACAAGCAGGAUGUUCCGGGCGCCGUCUCCGUGGAGGAGAUGACGGAGCUGCUGAGCCUACACAAGCUGUGCUGUGGCAGGAGCUGGCACAUUCAGGGCUGCGACGCCCGCAGCGGGAUGGGCCUGCACGAGGGUCUGGAUUGGCUCUCAAGACAGCUGGUGGCUGCUGGUGUCCUGGACGUAGCCUAACUUGUCAGUCAACUCCCCCCUCCUUACUGACUCUCCCCUUAAUGGCCGAACCCAAACCCCCAGCCUCUGAGCUCUCCCAAUCAGUUCUCUUACGACCUCCAAAGCAUUAAGAUGGACACUUUUAAGACGACACCUUUGGCUCUAAGCCUUCUGUCGUCGUCAUCAUCAUCAUCGUUCUCCUUUUGUGCAGCACUGUGGCCAAAGAGAACAAAGAUGUAUAUACUCUCUCAAGGCUCAUUUAAUGAGAAGAUGUAAACCAUCUAAAGGUCUGCCCCACCACAUGCAGCACCUCCCCAACCACAGAGAAAUAAACGCGCCAGGCCAGAAACCCGAGUUACGACUACAAACGCCCACCCUGCUUCACUUCUUAGGCAUCUUACACAGUCUAACACAUUGGUUACAUUAGUUUUUUCUUCAAUCUAACCCUUCAUAUAAUGCUAGUCGACUUCGGUCCAGUCAAAAGGUUAGAAAUGCUCCCUGUGUCCGGACAGCAUCUGUAAAUUCCAUGUCACACAUUCCUCAUCAUGGCCACCAACCGUGACGGGUAAUCUCAACUAAAUGCAGAGUCGUCCACGUUGUAAUAUCCAUGAUAGUAUCGUUUACCUUUAGUUCCCUCAGUAGACUUUCAGACGCUCCUGACAAAUAACUGCUGUGCCCCUUUUAUUCAAAGUGUUCCAGCGUAUUUGCAGGUAAGGGAGAUCACAAUCCUAAUGACCCAAGGACUUCCAAUGGCUUUCGAACGGACCGAUCAGAUCAAGUGUUCAGACGUUGGCCGAGCUCUCGCGCAGCCUCGUCAUCCAAUGUAAGCAAUAGCAGCCGGUGUUUUGCAGAGGUUUGUUGUUGCGCGCGCUUGUGUAUUUUUUUUAACCGUAUGAACCCUAUUUAAUGGCACAGCUGGUCUUGACGUGGCGCACCAGUAGAGUUUUGGUCUGAAUGUAGUGUUACGAACUUAUGUUUACUGAACUUAUUUAUGAGCAGGAACAAGGAUGUUACUUUGACGGGGUGGGAGUGGGUUGGGGGGUGGGGUGAGAAUUCUGCCUCCGUUUUGUGGAGUAUCUCUCACGCAGGAUUUGUCAGGCGCACUCGUCCGCUGCAUCACCAGCUUUCGUUUUGGGAGCAAAUGAACUUUCUGCUGUUACGUGGUAGACUCUUAACUCACUGCAAAGAAAAGCUGUUUUGUGAAAAUAUUCCCAAUUAAGCAUCUCACACGAGUCCUGCACAUGCGUGUGGAGCACUUAGCAAGACCGGUACAGUGCACCUUUAAUCUACAGCCUUCUGCAGUGUAAUGUGAAACUUAGUGAAAUGUUAAAAACCAAACACUGACACUUGUCUUAUUAUUGAGGAACAGUCAUCUGCGUUUUUCAUUUAAUCUUUAUUCAUUGCUAUGUAAUGUUGACUACCUGUAUCUAUGUAUAAAAAUACAAAUUAAAAAAAAACAAAAACUGCACGUGUGAAAAAGCCUUACCAUUUGUUUUUGAAUUGUAGAAGCACAAUGCGCAUCGGAAACCUUUGUUACCAGUGGACUUGAAGAUGGCUUUUGUAAAUUAUUCAUAAUGUUCUGCUGUAAAAUAAACUAAUUGACCUUA